UAAAAAAUGCAUACACAGGAAGCCGUAAGGUGCCUGCAAAAGAAGAUAGGCUUCAGCAUAGAUAAAAGGCGCUGCUUUCUUCAUCCACGGGUGGAUCCUCCAUGGUUACCGCUAGCAUCGUGAUAUCUGAAACACCAGUAAAACAAAAUCCUUUCUUUCUCUUAUUUUUUUCAGAAACGGCAGACCCUAAGGGUCGUUCUCGCUUUGUUCGCCGCCGUCCCUGCUUCGAUUUCGCGUAGAAUGGAACGUACGUUGUAUUUAGACUGGAGAUCUGUGGAGAGCGGCUGUUGAAAUGGCUCUUGCGGCUGUUGCGCCGGCUAGAGGAAACCCAUUGAACUUCAUUUUUUUUUUCUCUCCUUCUGUGAGGGCAAUGGGAAUGAAAGAAUAGUGUAGGAGAAGAAGAAGUGAGCUUUAGGGUUUGACGGCACAAACGCUUGGAAAACAAUUUAAUGAAAAAAAAAAUUGUAAUUUUAUUUUGCAAACGAAGUAUCUGCAAAUACGAAUCCGAACCCGACCCGUUAACAUACCCGCGGUUACGGGUUUUUAUGCCUACCCUACCUAUAAGAUUUUCUUAUUAUAUAACACUCCGUUUGAACUUUGAAGGAAUCAAUCAAGAAGAUUUUUUAUCGGCCAUGACACUGCACACAGUGUUUACUGCGGUCUCAGUGUAUCUGAUUCUCAUCCAUGCAUCAAUGGUUGCUAACUCAGCCAUGGAUCCCUACAAAGCCCUCAACAUCAUCCUCAACCCAAACGGCACCCUCACACGCUUAAGCAUUUCGCCGCAAAGCCCUCCCUCGCCAGAUCCCUCGCUCCCCACACCGGUUCUCUCCAAAGACCUCCCCAUCAACAAAUUCAACCACACCUGGGCGCGGAUCUACCUACCCCACAAAUCACUCCAUCAUUCCCCCAACCCCAAACUACCCCUCAUCGUCUUCUACCACGGCGGAGGCUUCAUCUUCGAAAGUGCAGCCUCCACUUACUUCCACGACUUCUGCGUCAGAAUGGCCCACACCACGCAGUCCGUCGUGGUUUCGGUCGACUACCGCCUCGCCCCGGAGCACCGCCUCCCCGCCGCCUACGAAGACUCCGUGGAGGCGCUGCACUGGAUCAAAGCCUCCAACGACGCCUGGUUGCGCCACGCCGAUUACUCCCGCUGCUAUCUGAUGGGGGAGAGUGCCGGGGGAAACAUUGCCUACACGGCUGGUCUACGUGCGGCGGCGGAGGUUGGCAAGUUGAAACCGCUGAAGAUUGCAGGGUUGAUAUUGAUUCAACCGUUUUUUGGUGGGAAGAAGAGGAGUCCAUCAGAGAUAAGGCUUGCCGAGGACAACACUAUACCUUUGCCUAUCACAGAUCUGAUGUGGAAUCUGUCGCUGCCCGUUGGCGUUGACCGUGAUUACCCGUAUUCAAAUCCAACUAUCAACGGUGGAGAUAAGAUUUUGGAUGAGCUUAAGGUUCUUGGUUGGAGGGUUGCGGUGUUUGGAUGUGAAGGGGACCCACUGGUGGCCCGCGAGAGAGAGCUGGUGAAAUUGCUUGAGCAUAAGGGUGUGCACGUGGUUGGAAAGUUUUAUGAAGGGGGUCGACAUGGCAUCUUUGUGGGUGACCCUUCCAUGUCCCUCCAAGUCUUUCGUUUACUUAAAACUCUUCAUUAGCUACUUUUUUGGUUGUUUUUUAUGUUUUAUGCACCCAAUGUUUAAUAAACCAAGCUAUUUAUAUCA